AUGGCCCGUAUGGUCACAUCCCCUUGUCCAGGAGACAACGUUAAGGUGGCAAAGCCAAAGGAUCUCAUUAACCAGAAAAAGGCCCGCCACACGAGCCCGACUACCAGCCAGAGCGCACUCAAACACAUCGCGUCUCCAGGACAAUCGACCGAUGUAGCAACCGAAGACUUCGAAAUCGCCUCCGCGCUGAGGCUCAUCGCCCUCUCGGUCACUCAGCAGCGCCGCCUCGCCGCCAAAUCCCUCAUCCUCCACCCGACCACCCUAACACUGGCAGCCGUGAGUUUUGCUUACGGUGUCGGUGCCGUUUACCAUGACCCAUCUGGCUGGCCCUACAUUUUUGUUAUCUGUGCCACUGUGGUAUCUGCCACUCUAGGCAUUGUCAUACGCUCGCUUGGGAAAUAUAACGAUGAGGCUGAGAAGGUUGGAACAAUGAACUGGUUGUACGGGCACGACCCUGACAAAGACAUCAGCGCUACCACCACUCAGGAAGACCCUGCCUUCAACUCGGAUAGUGGAGUUACGUUUGUGCUUGUUCAUCGAUUUGGGGGCUGCAUUGUCGGCACGCUUGUUAUGAGCAUCACGUACAGCGGCAUCGAACCCCAUCCGAAAAUCAAUGCGAGAACUCUCCCAACGGGCGAAAACUACGAUGCCUUUAUACGUGCCUGGACUGUCCAACAAGGCUUCCGUGGCUACGGAGUUGGCGCUGCGCUCCUCAACGAAGCUGUCAUGAUCUGCUAUGAGCAUAAGUGGAACGGACUUCGGUUCGCGAAUUCUCAUGUCAACUCGCUUCGCGUCUUUCCCUGCAUUUUACAUUAUGACAUGGAUCAAGAAUCAUCUAUGUGGAGCUCAUAUCUGCGUAAGCGGGUUGAGGCUCAUCGUCAAUCCCGUGAUGUCUUGGAGGCUCGAAUUGUGGAUGUGUCCCAGCGUGCGAGCGACAGCGAGACCCCGAUGAUUGAUACGCAGAUGCGGUUGAUUUGUACCCAGAUAAAGCUGGAGGAGUUGAUCCGAAGUUACGUCAAUGUCCGCCUUGAAAAGGCAGUUGAAGCCCAGACUCGAUGGAAGAAAAUCUCGUGA